AUGAAGAUGUUUCACAGAAUCCUAGGCUUCGUGUUGCACUGUCUCCUGAAUGUCUGUGUUCUGAACUGCUCCAGAGUUACACUGGUCAACAAUGGGUAUCGAAACAUUGUUAUUGCGAUAAAUCCCAACAUCCAAUAUAACAACAAGCUCAUUGAAAACGUUAAGGAGAUGAUGACUGAAGCCUCGAACUACCUCUCCAAAGCUACAAUGCAUCAACUUUACUACUCAGAUGUAAAAAUCGUGCUACCUGCUACCUGGGCACUGAAGUCGAACGUGGUUCAGAGACCAAGUACUGAGUCAUACGAGAAGGCGAGUGUAAUCAUUGCUGAACCAUAUCUUAAACAAGGAGAUACUCCAUACACCCUGCAGUAUGGCGGGUGUGGCGAGAAGGGACGGUAUAUUCACUUCACCCCAAACUUCAUUCUAAACGACAAAAUUACCUCCAUUUACUGUCCGAAAGGUAGUGUAUUUGUUCGUGCAUGGGCCCAUCUUCGCUGGGGUGUGUUUGACGAAUAUAAUGAUGCGGUUCCAUUUUACAUAUCUGACAGCGAAACUACUGAAGCAACAAGAUGUUCUCUCAGCAUAAGAGGAAAGACUGCUGAAUGUAAGGGCAGUGUGUGUUCUUCAUGUACCACUGAUGAAAGCACAGGAUUACCAAACAAACAAUGCCAAUUCUUCCCAGAGAAAAAUCAGAGGUCAUCAUCUUCAAUAAUGUACUUACAAGGAUUGCCGAAUGUGGAUAAAUUCUGUGAUGACAAGACUCACAAUGUUGAAGCGCCCAACAUGCAGAACAGAAUGUGCAAUUACAGUAGCACUUGGGACGUGAUCAGCAAGUCGGAAGAUUUCAGAAACAUUUCCUCGCCCCACACUGGUUCGGUCGAACCAACAUUCACGCUCCUUCAGGCCAAGGAUCGUGUGCUUUGCUUAGUCCUUGAUGUCUCAGGAAGCAUGGGGACGGAGAAUCGCAUUGGCAGGCUCCGACAAGCAGCUGAGAUAUUCUUGCUGCAGAUCGCUGAGACCGGAUCAUAUGCGGGAAUUGUCACUUUUAACAGCGGUGCAAGCAUUCAAACGCGUUUAAAAAGGAUCAAUAAUGAUAAAGUGAGAGAGGAUCUUGUAAAGCUGUUACCAACAUUAGCUAAAGGGGGUACAAACAUCUGUGAAGGAAUUCGGUCUGGCUUUGAGGUACUUCGUGGAGAUGACAGUGCCACCCAGGGGGAUGAAAUCAUUUUACUGACAGAUGGAAUAGAUCGCUAUAUGGGCAAUUGCUUCCAGGAAGUGGAACAAAGUGGAGCUGUAAUCCACACUAUUGCAUUGGGGCCAUCUGCAGCUGAAGAGCUAGAAGAGCUCUCAACUAUGACAGGAGGCUUACAGUUUGCGGCAACUGAUGACCUGAGUACCAGUGGAUUAAUUGAUUCAUUCACCGGAUUAAUAUCAGGAAGUGGUGACAGCAGCCAGCAGUCCAUUCAGCUUGAAAGUUCAGGAACAAGCAUUGGGAGCAACAGAUGGUUAAAUGGUACAGUUGUUAUCGACAAGACUAUUGGCAAUGAUACAUUUUUCGUGGUGAACUGGGAAUUAGUGAUUCCGAUGAUGUCUGUACGUGAUCCCAAUGGAAACAUUUAUAAUAACGCUUACUUUAAGAUAGAUCAGUCUGCAAAAUCAGCUCGUCUUAUGAUUAAAGGCACUGCACAGAGUGGAACCUGGUUCUACAGCAUCCUGAACACCGGAGGCAACCAGGUUAUAACAAUCAUUGUCACUUCCCGAGCAGCAGACGCACAAGUUCCGCCAAUCAAGGUUAACGGGUACAUCAGCAGGAAGGACUCCACUAGCCCAAUGAUUACUUAUGUGGAAGUUAGUCAUGGAUUUCUACCAGUCCUGAAUGCGAUCGUGACAGCUAUUAUUGAACGUCCCAAUGAUCCUCCAAUUCAACUGAAGCUUUCUGAUGAUGGUUUAGGUGCUGAUAUUGUUAAGAAUGACGGUGUUUACUCAAAGUAUUUCAUUGACUUCCGUGGAAAGGGGAGAUACAGCGUUAAAGUGCGCGUGCUGGGAAUCGAAGGCACCACAAGUGUAACGGUCAGAAGAGGAGGACAGGCCCUAUGCCUGCCAGGAUACGUGGAGAAUGGAAAUAUUGAGGUAAAUCCAUUCAAAUCCGACGUUAGUGAGGAAGAUCUACACGAUGAAUUAGGAGACUUCAACAGGGUUCAAGCAGGAGGGUCGAUCUCACUGCCAUCGGCGACACCCCUUAUUAACUUUCCACCAUCUACAAUCACAGAUCUGCUGGCAACAAUAGUUAAAAAUAAAAUUAAGCUGGAAUGGACUGCACCAGGAGGAGACUAUGAUAAAGGAUCAGCAUCUCGCUACGAAAUGAGAAUGAGUGACAAACUUCUGCAACUAAGAGAUCAUUUUUUCAGAGCUCUGUUGAUUAAUACGACUACCAUAUAUCCACAACCCUAUGGUUCCAAGGAAACGGUGACGAUUUACUCUGAGCAUCCAAACAUGCAAAAUGGUGCAGCGAUCUACUUUGCUGUGCGUGCGUAUGAUAAAAGCAAUCUUACUUCUAAACUGUCAAACAUAGCCAGGGCAUCUUUCUUUGAGCCUUUGUCUAAGUCCAAGUGGUGGAUUUGUGCAAAACAGAAGAUAUGGUUCCCAAUAUUGAUCGUAGUUAUUGGGUGUCUUAUUGUUGGGAUCACUGUUUAUAUUGUGUGCCAAAAAAAAAAGUGGGCUCCUGAGAGUGUACCAUUGUAAUAAAUGGAUAGUUAAUAAUGAACUUCCAGCCAUUUAGCUGGCUUUCAAUUUUACAGAAUAGGUUAGAAAGGGAGAGAUAAUGUGAAGAUCCGAUGGGAAUUUUGCAAUUUUUGCUCCAUCUUCCAACAUUUACUCAUCCUAAGAUUACCACAAUUGGGGAGAUUUCCCGUCCAAUGUUAUCCAUGGCUAUUCUUUCAUUCUCCUGCGUAUAAACAGACUUGAAAAACACAAAGUG